AAGCCUCCCCCCACCCAUUUUCUUCAAGCUAAGAGCCAAAUAUAUGCUGAGAUUUUGAAGUGAAAAUACUCUCCCAAAGUUUAUUCAAGCACCCACCAUAUUUACUUCAUCUUUAAAACCUUCGAUUCUUCAUAUACUUCGUUAUAUACACAAGGUUUUAAACCCCGAGGCUUCGUUCCAACCAACCUAGCCAAAUCUCGCCUAGCUCAUUUUCAUACCACUCUUUUUGUCCUCCCGAAGGGCUCUCCAAAGUUCGUGUGCAAAGCCAAAAUCCGGUCGAACCUCCGACGAAUUUUUCCGGCGAACUUCUUGUAAGUGGUUAUUUUAGCUUCGUUUUACUCGUGUCUUAACCGACCAUUUUUGACAAAGGGCUUUUGAACAAAAAUAUUCUCUUCAUCUUUAAAGCUCUCUUUGUUUACAAAACACACGAGUUAGCCACUCGUUAUAUAUUUGUGCGUGUGUUUUUGUCCCGGAACCUAACUCGUAUCCUUUGAGAUUUCCUCACCAAACUUUGGAGGGAUCUUUGCCUUGGCACGGAAAGCCGGAUAUAAGGCCAAAGGUAAUAAGUUAGUUAUUGUUGUGCGUGUUAUCUGUGCUUAACUGAUUAUAUCCCUACGCCCAACAUACCCUUUCUCGUUUGGUGAACGUUUCCAUAUGUGCCGUGCUUCGUGGAAAUACUAACCUUACGAGUUACGUGGUUCCCGAUCCCGUGUGUGUGAGUGUGAUUAUCGACUGCGUCUUAUAUCUAUAAAUCACUCAACACUAAUUAACAUAACUCUUGUAGCUUGCCCGUACGCGGUUUGCUCAGGUUAUUAAAAUCAAUCCGACCUUAAAAUCAACUAUUUAUAUUUUCCGCGCAAUAUAAAUUGUUGGACUGUUGUUGGACACUUGUUGGACUAAUCACCGUUGGACUUGUUAUAAUUGACAAACCUUAUACCUGACCGUGAUUAUUGGACUUACUUAGCGGACUAAAAUCUUAAUUAAAACAAGGAUAUAUUUUCGUAGAUAUUGUGUUCUAACUUUUUGCAGUGAGGUGAAGUGAAGUGAGGUGAUCUUCGUUCUAAGACCCAAGUCCUUGACGUAUUGACGGGGAGUUAAUAGUCAUUGCACCGUGAAGAAGAGGAAAGACCCGAGAUCUAAUACCUAAGACCCGAGACCGGCAAAAGGUGUAGAAGUACAAAGACUACACAAGGUUCUACAUCGACUUUGAGGAAGUAACGGGGAGUUACGUUCCGAGACAAGCUUUGUAGGUGUUUUUACAUUUAUAGUGAGGAGGUAACGGGAAGUUACGCUCCAAGAUAUAUAUUUGUAAAGGCUUCUCCGCCUACUUUAAAGGAGUAUCUUUUUAGUAGAGAAAAUCUCGAGUCCGGGGAGGAGCUCGGGGACUGGACUAGGGGUGAGUGGACUCCAUCGGUUGAGUUAGCCACCGCGAACCAGGAUAAAAUCCCUCGUGUGGUAUUUUUCUUUCCUUGCUUUUAGCUUCCGCAUUUACAACUGCCAUUACUCUAGAUACAAGCUUUUAAAAAGGGGAUAAACUUUUUAAAACGCCAUAAAGUUUUUAAACUGGUGAUUAAGCUAUUCAACCCCCCCCUUCUAGCUUAAUUAUCCCUAUAUACGGACCUAACACUAUAUGCUGUGGGCCUCAGUCUAGAACUUGUCAGGCCUAUAUUAUUUAGUUUUUUUUUCUUUAAAUUUUUUAAGUGUCUUCAAGAAUUCUCUCGAUUCUUCUGGAAGGGGUUGGUCUUUUCAAAUUUAUGGGCUUCCCGCCUUUGACAAGGCUUGAUGACUGGCCCAAGGCCCAUUUUACGGGCUGUAGCCAGUUCAUUUUAGGGUUUACCGGCAAGUGAACCGGUUGUGGAUUGCCUAUAUAAUGAGUGACUGAGAGUUCAUUUCUCAUUUCACUCCAAAGUUUCCAAGUUUAAGUGCUAGAAAACCCUCCCAAACACUCUCAAAAAAUUCUCUAGUUUCUCGGCGAAUUCUUAGGCGUAUCUCCGGCAACCUUCAAGUUCUUUCCAGAUUCCGGCCGAUAUUCAAGGGUUUUCCAGUUUUCCGGGCGAUCUUCAAAAAUUUCCCAGGUUCCGAUCAAUCUUCAUCUUUUCUUCAUCAGUUUCUGGGUUUCAUACCUUCAUCCGAAGAAGAUCAAUGGCUGAUUCCGCAUCAUCACAGCAAUCCCAGCAAUCUCAACUUUCUCAGCUUCCCGUGGCUCGUUCUCGCGCUAACCGAGGUAAAAAAUCCCUCGUUCAUGCUAGUGUUUUUUCUCUUCGUGAUCUUCUUUCUGAGUUUGGUCAAGCCUUUCCUAAUUUACUUCAUCUAGAUGCUUAUAAGUACCCUUCCCAGUAUAAGCAAAAAGACGUAGAUAUUAUGGCCAAACUUUUCGGAAUCGAACAUCCUUAUAGGGCCGUGGCCCCAGGCCCAAAUGACCGGGCUUGCUACCCAAAGCCCGGGACAAUUAGGAUUUACAAAGAGACCUUCUAUGCUGGGUUCAGAUUGCCUCCCCCAAUGUAUGUUUAUAGACUUUUAGCUGAAGCCCGGGUAUGUCCAACCCAACUCCAGCCCAAUGGCUGGAGGUUCAUAAAUUGUUUUUUGGUCCAGUGUAGGAAGCACAACUUGGAGCCCAGUGUGGCAGUGUUUAGGUAUCUUUUCAAAUUUGUUAACGCCCCAAAUGACGAAGGCUGGGUCAAAAUCCAGUAUCGAACAUUGGGCCGUAGUAUUUUCGUUUCAGAUUCGGCCCCUGAUUCCCUCCCAAAUUGGAAGAAGCAGUGGUUUUAUCUGUAUAUGGAGGGGGCCGACUGGGCCGAUUACUUUUAUUCAGACUUUAGUCGGGCCGAGGAUGGGCCGAUGAGGUCCCUCAAGUUAGGGGUUGAAGAAGAGGCGGCCAUUAAGGUUUUAACGGCCGACAAUCUUCAUCAUUGUUCGCUGUUAAUCUCCGAGGCAUCGCUUCAGUUACACGGGCUUAGCGAUUUGGGCCCUGAGGCCCAAGUUGCUUUGGGGAGCAUUUUCAAGAAGCGGGAAACCGCCGCGGAGAAGGCCGUGCCAACCGAGGUUUCGCGCACUAAGCGGCCCAGGAAGGAAGGGGGAACUGGGCCCGUGGAACGGGUUCCAGCUUUCUUAUCCCCACGGCCCACCGCCGUUGAAGAGGACCAAGGGCCCUACGUGGUCCAGUGGGGCCUGUUGAACAAAGACACCAUCGUGGGCGAUUCCCGGGCCGCCGCGGAGUGGUCCAAGAAUGUGGUCACCCCUCGGGACCGGGCUCAUGUGGUCGAAUCCUCCGAAGACCUUCAGAUUGAGCUCCUGGGGGCCCAAGCCGUGGCUACGUCAACACCUACCUCCAGGCCGCCGUCCACAAUUUGAAGGCGGUUAGGGCUGAGAAGGCGAUCGCGGAGCGCGAUCGCGAUCGUUACCUCGAAGCUUCGACUGCCAAUUUUGAGCAGUUCCGGAAAGUGGAGGCGGAGCUCGUGGCCGAGCAAGAGAAGGUCCGCACCCUGGAGGCGGAGUUGGCCAGGGUGAAAAGGGAGGCGAUUGUUGACUACAAGGCGUCGCCUGAAUUUGAGGAGCUGUUGGCGGCGGAGUACGAUGCCUCCUUUCCUGAGACUUUCAAGUCUUGUUGGGAGAGGAUCAUAGACGAACUCGGUUCUCAUAUCGAGGGAGUCACCUUGGAGCGAUUCCCCAUUCCAAAGCUUCCCGGGGAGGAAUCUCCUUCCCCGAUGGCAGUCGAGGACCUCGAGGAGUCGCAUCCUUUGGACUCUCAAGAUUUAGAGAUUCCAACCGAGAAUCUCAUGAUCCAGGGUUCCAACCAGGAUGAGGGGGAUCUUGGGAAAGGAGGGGAGGCCCAGGACGGAGCCCAAGAUGAAGCCCGGGAGCGAGCGGCCCAGGACCCCGAGACUCAGGAUAAGGCCCAGGAGGAUAUCUUCGACGAUGGGCUCCCUUAGGCUAGGCUGUAUUUCUGCCCUGCGUGGCGUUCUUACGUAAUUUAUUAUUCGGAUAUUUAUACCCUUCGGGGUUUUUAACUUAUAUAUUUAAAUUUUCUUUUGUCUCA